AUGCCAAUCGGUAACGUCAGCCGGGACUCGGCUCCAAAGCGUGAAACUUUCCGGCCACCAUGGGUUAAGGAUAAAGAUACCGAAGCUCUGCCUUCGUGGACUCAGAAAAAACUGAAACCAGUUGAAAGUACUACGAAGGCCGUAGCUGAGAAUGAUGCUGCACCAGCCGCAGUUGCAACCCCUAAGCCUUUAAAACCUGUUUUAAAGAAACAAGCUACAGUGAAAGAAAAAGCUGAAAACGGUGUAUCAGAGGCAAUAGAGGAGAAGCUAGUGAAACCUUCAGUCGCUAAACAAGUGGAUAAAACAUCAAAACCGGCUGAAGAUAAACCGAAACUUCUUAAAACAGCAUUAAAACCUUCAGAUAGAACAAAAUCAGAAGCAACAAACAACACCGAGAAGCUUCCAGAAAAACCGAUUCUUAAAAGCGUCAGAACCAUAGAUGACAAAGCCAAAGAAAAAUCAGUCAGUAUUGUAGAUAAGAAAACAGUUUUAAAUAAGAAUGAUGCUCCAAAAACAAAUCAAAUAAACGAUAAGAGUCUUAACAACAAAUCAGAAAACGUAAAUAAAGACACGAAAAAGGUAGAAAAAAUAAACGAGCAACCAAAAGUAUCAGAAAAGGUUGAAGAAAAACAAAAAAUGGCUACUAAACCACCACUUGAGAAAACUCCCUCCAAGUUGCCUCCACGUAAGCCCUCAUUACAAAAAGCUCCAUCCAAAGAUGACGUGAUGCUGAAGAAAUGGAGAGAUCCAUUACACGAACGGGUCAAAGAAAACAUCGACAAGACCUUGGCUAACGAAAUUCCGAAAGGACACACCUUGACGAAGAAUGAAAGCUUAAGAAAUUUAUUGAAACCUACACCACCGCCGAUGCCACCUCCGCCGCCCCCGAAACUACCUCCGCCACCCGACUUCAAAAAGGCUCCCGUUGAUCCAGCGAAGCUGAAGAAAUUAGAAGAACUUCGCAGCAGACCGAGGAGAAGACCAGACUGGAGUGACAUGAUGAAGGAGGUGGAGCAAGGAAAGAAACUCAAACAUGUAGUUUGUAAUGACAGAUCCAAGCCCAUCAUAACAACGUCUGUAGUUGUUAAAAACAAAGACCAAUUCAUAUUUGAGUCCGAGAAACCCAACUCGCACAAUGAGUUGCUUAAAGAAAUUAACAAAGGAAUAAAACUGAAGAAGGUUAAAUGUAACGAUAGAAGUAAACCUAACUUGGAGGGUUUGCGUAAAUUUAGAAGGCAAAUGACAAUAGAGGAACAAUUACAAAAAUCCAUGUCGCAAGCAAACUUAACUGCAUCGCCGUCGGGUGUUUCUGUUGCAGAGGCGCCCGCAGCAGAAGAAAAUGAUAUUGACGAAAUGGAUGACAUUGAUAAAGUAAGAGAUGACCUUCAAUCGACGAAGCAACUUUUAGCCAUUGAACUGAGAAAUAAGGAAGCUCAGGAGAGAGAAAACAAGAGAUUACUCACAAGAAUUCAAAAUCUAGAAGCUGAAUUGGCAAGAGAGAGGGCUAUUAUAAAACAAGAACAGCACAAGACUGUGAUAUCCGUUACUGACGCUUAUGACGAAAGGCUGGUCAAUAAUCUAAAAAUGGAAGUUGAAAAAGCAAAGGAAACCGCUGAUAAUUUACAGAAGCAAUAUCUGUUGGCAGCGGAAGAAAGAGAUGACGCGCAGUCAGAAGUAGAAGAACUGAAAAGAAAGAAUUCAGAAUUAGAAAAGAAAUUAGAACAGGCUCUAUCCAAUAAGAUCGACGAACUGUUAAAGUCUGAAGAGCCAUUAUCUUUCUAUCAAAAGACUCAGCUAGAUUUCCUGAAGCAGUGUAGGUUACUGAACUUAGACGCUAAAACCGACGAAAUAGGAACUGAUGCUAACAAUAACAAUAAUAAUGCUUAUACUAACUUAGAGGGAAUUGAGGGCGUGAUUCCUUCAAACGUUGGAUCAAGACGUUCCAGUCACGCUAUCAAACAACUAUCGGUCACCAAAGAUGACAGCUUUGAAGAGGAAGAAGAAUCGGAUGCAGAGGAGGAGGAGACGGAAGAGAAAAAACAAAAAAGAUUAGAGAAAGAAAUUCGCAAUAUGAGAAACAAAAUACGUCAUUUGAAAGAAAAACAAGAUAAUAUGAAGAGAGAAAGGAUGGGUUACAAAAUGGCGCUGAAAAAUCAGCAAUCCUGCCUUAAGGAAGAAAAACGAAAAUUCAAAGAGCUAAAGCGUGAGGUUGACAAAAUGGCUGCAAUGAUGAAGGAAGUCGGCACUGAUGAAGAAGAUGAGGACGAUGAAGAAGAAGAGGAAUCCGAAGAAGAAAAGAAGAGUGGGUCAGAAGAAGAAGAAGAAACAGAGACCGAGACAGAACAGGACACAGAGAGUGAAACUGAGAGUGAGAGUGAGCCCGAGGAUGCUCCACUGCCCAAAAAGAAAGACAAUCUAGCAAAACGUCUGAAGAGGCACGAAACGAGAGUAAACGCUUUAAAAAAAGGCAACACACUACUCAUGGCUAACGUGGACCGAUUGAAGGAUGACGUUCUGAAACAGAGGGAACAAUCGUGCACACUCCAGAAGGAAUUAGAUUCGCUGAUCGAUGAUCUUGAAUAA